UAAAAGGCCCGGAAGUUGCUAGAGCCGGUCCUUUUCUCAUCCGCCCGUCCUGUGAGGCGGAUAGAAGCCGGAGCCUGAGAAACAAGCAAUCUAGCCCCAUCCGGCAAAAUGGUGAACUUCACAGUAGACCAGAUCCGUGCCAUCAUGGACAAGAAGUCCAACAUCCGUAACAUGUCUGUGAUUGCGCAUGUUGACCACGGCAAGUCCACUCUUACUGACUCUCUGGUGUCAAAAGCUGGGAUUAUUGCUUCUUCCCGUGCUGGUGAAACCAGGUUCACUGACACUCGCAAGGAUGAACAAGAAAGAUGCAUCACCAUUAAGUCAACUGCCAUCUCCCUGUUUUAUGAGCUCAAGGAAGAAGAUUUGGCUUUCAUCAAACAGUGCAAGGAUGGCAGUGGCUUCCUGAUCAACCUGAUCGACUCACCUGGGCAUGUCGACUUUUCCUCUGAAGUAACAGCUGCUCUGCGUGUAACUGAUGGCGCCCUUGUUGUGGUAGACUGCGUCUCUGGGGUAUGUGUGCAAACUGAAACUGUGCUGCGUCAGGCUAUUGCUGAACGUAUCAAACCUGUGCUGAUGAUGAACAAAAUGGACCGUGCCUUGCUUGAACUGCAGCUUGAUGUAGAGGAGCUAUACCAGACCUUCCAGCGCAUUGUGGAAAAUGUCAAUGUCAUCAUCUCUACCUACGGUGAAGAUGAGAAUGGUCCCAUGGGAAACAUCAUGGUUGAUCCAGUUUUUGGAACAGUUGGUUUUGGUUCUGGGCUCCAUGGUUGGGCUUUCACCCUAAAGCAGUUUGCAGAAAUGUACGUUGCCAAAUUUUCUGCUAAGGGUGAUACUGCCCUUUCUCCAGAAGACCGUGCCAAGAAAGUAGAGGAUAUGAUGAAAAAACUUUGGGGUGACAGGUAUUUUGAUCCGGCUGCUGGUAAAUUCAGCAAGUCUGCUACCAAUGCUGAUGGCAAGAAAUUGCCCAGAACUUUCUGUCAGCUGGUCUUGGAUCCCAUCUUCAAGGUCUUUGAUGCAAUUAUGAAUUUCAAGAAGGACGAAAUAGAAAAAUUGAUUCAGAAGCUAGAUAUAAAGCUGGACAAUGAAGAUAAAUCCAAAGAGAGCAAACCUUUGCUAAAGGCUGUUAUGCGUCGCUGGUUGCCUGCUGGUGAUGCGUUGUUGCAGAUGAUCACCAUACACCUUCCAUCGCCUGUCACUGCUCAGAAAUAUCGUUGUGACCUUCUGUAUGAGGGACCUCCUGAUGAUGAAGCUGCCAUGGGCAUCAAGAACUGUGACGCAAAAGGCCCUCUGAUGAUGUACAUCUCCAAGAUGGUGCCCACAACUGACAAGGGCAGGUUCUACGCCUUUGGCCGUGUCUUCUCCGGUGUUGUUUCCACUGGUCUUAAGGUCCGAAUUAUGGGACCAAAUUACACUCCAGGCAAGAAGGAAGACCUUUACCUGAAGCCUAUUCAAAGAACAAUUCUGAUGAUGGGCCGUUAUGUGGAGCCUAUUGAAGAUGUGCCUUGUGGAAACAUCGUUGGGCUUGUUGGUGUUGAUCAGUAUCUCGUGAAGACUGGUACCAUUACCACUUACGACCAGGCUCACAACCUGAGAGUGAUGAAGUUCAGCGUCAGCCCUGUUGUGCGUGUUGCUGUUGAAGCCAAAAAUCCAGCUGAUCUGCCAAAAUUGGUUGAAGGACUGAAGCGUCUCGCUAAGUCUGACCCCAUGGUGCAGUGUAUCAUUGAGGAAUCUGGUGAACACAUCAUUGCUGGUGCUGGUGAGCUGCAUUUGGAAAUCUGCCUGAAAGAUCUUGAAGAGGACCAUGCUUGUAUUCCCAUUAAGAAAUCUGACCCAGUUGUGUCUUACCGUGAGACUGUUAGUGAGGAAUCCAACGUAACGUGCUUGUCAAAGUCUCCCAACAAGCACAACAGGCUGUACAUGAAAGCUAGACCAAUGCCGGAGGGCCUUCCAGAAGACAUUGACAAGGGUGAUGUUACUGCCCGUCAAGAGCUCAAACAGCGAGCCAGAUAUCUUGCUGAAAAGUAUGAAUGGGACGUCACGGAAGCUCGUAAAAUAUGGUGCUUUGGACCUGAUGGCACAGGCCCCAAUAUGUUGAUUGAUGUGACUAAAGGAGUCCAGUAUCUCAACGAAAUCAAGGACAGUGUCGUUGCUGGAUUUCAGUGGGCAACCAAAGAGGGUGCUCUGUGUGAUGAGAACAUGCGUGGGGUGCGAUUUGACAUUCAUGAUGUAACCCUGCAUGCUGAUGCUAUUCACCGUGGUGGUGGUCAGAUCAUUCCCACUGCAAGAAGAUGUCUGUAUGCCUGUGUGCUGACUGCCCAGCCGAGACUUAUGGAACCUGUCUACCUGGUUGAGAUUCAGUGCCCGGAGCAAGUGGUUGGUGGGAUCUAUGGUGUACUGAAUAGGAAACGUGGUCACGUGUUUGAAGAAUCCCAUGUUGCAGGCACACCCAUGUUUGUUGUCAAGGCUUACCUACCUGUAAAUGAAUCAUUUGGUUUCACAGCUGACCUGAGGUCUAAUACAGGUGGCCAGGCUUUCCCACAAUGUGUUUUUGACCACUGGCAGAUCCUACCUGGUGACCCGAUGGAUUCAGCCUCCCGCCCGUUUCAAAUUGUGGCUGAAACCCGUAAGCGCAAGGGCCUGAAAGAGGGCAUCCCAGCUCUGGACAACUUCCUGGACAAGUUGUAAUGUUUAACAGCACAUCAUUGGAAAUCUGAUCAACACACCAUUGGCUGGCUCUUCGAACUAAUUAGUGAAUUAUAACAUUGCCAGAUUAGACAUGGUGGUGUAUUGUAUUGUAUUCUUGCAAUGAGGUUCACUGCAAAAAGAAUGGACAUCGUAGUGGCAUAAAUUAAAAAGAAUGUUUACCUCUUA